CUGGACGCCGCCCUACACACCAUGGAAGACGCGGAGGAGGAGAGGGAAGAGGAGAACCCUAGGAAGUGUACGAGGAGGUCUCUCUGCUCGUGGGGACCCGGCUGGAAGACGCUGACCUGGUUCAUCGUGUGGGUGGUGUAUCUGUUGCUUGGGGGACUCGUCUUCACUCUGGCGGAGAGACCGAACGAGGAGGAAUCGGUGGCUCAGGCCGCCGCCCAGCGACAGGAACUGCGGCGACUGCUGGACGAGGCCAGGGACAACGUCAUCGCGGAGCUCACGGCACGGAACGAGACGCUGACGGAAAGCGAAGCCGAUGAGCUAAUCGGUCGACUAGCGAACGUUUCUGCGUCCCUCGCCCUCGCCUCGCAAGAGCUGCCGGCGGAGUCGAGUCCCCUCUGGACUUACAGCUCUUCCGUCACCUUCUGCGCCACGGUAGUCACCACCAUUGGCUACGGUAACACGGCUCCGGUGACGGGCGCGGGGCGCACCCUCUUCGUCUUCUACGCCCUCAUCGGGAUCCCAAUCUGUCUGGUAUUCCUGAGCCACGUGGGGGACCUUCUCUCUAUGUACAUAGACCACAUUACUCAUUGCGUGGCCAGAAAAACAAAGACCAAACCCGCAAGACACCAAAAGAAAAUUCUGGGACUUGUCUCCCUAUCUCUCUUCAUCCUGGGCCUCCUCCUCUUCGUCUUCAUACCGUCCAUCAUAUUCUCUGACAUCGAGGGAUGGACAUACGGAGAAUCCGUGUACUACUGUUUCGUGACGCUAACAACUGUUGGAUUUGGGGACUUUGUUCCAGCCAGAGCGACGUCUUCAGAGACCAAUGCAUUAUACCGCACCUGCGCUGCAGCGUGGGUGAUAGUGGGCCUUGCCUGGGUGGCCCUGCUUAUCACAAGGACACAGACCUUUAUAGGGUCAACAGGAGCCCUUAUACACACUAAGCUGAGGGAGAGGAGAUGGAGAAGGAAAAAGGAUGAGGAUUUAAAUGGAGAUGAGCUGGAGACAGCUACAACUUCUUUUGACUCUUAGUCACGUGCUUGUCACAUGCACGCAGCACACAGACUAUCAUAUCAUGAGAUUUAUGUGUAUAUAAAUUGGCUUCCAU